UGACUACCACAACAAAAAAGGGCCACUGGCAUCAAUGUCUCCAUGCCCAAUUUAAUCGGGUACAUUUCCAGCUCCAUUGCGAGAGAUAGCCUCGUGGGAGCUGGUCGGAAAUGUGUGUCCGGAUCUGCAUUCAAGCUACCGACAGCUCGGAAGUUCAAUUCUGGCCGUGCGAAUAGUCAAUGGCAGGCGCUGACGUGGACUACACAGCACCCUGACCGUGUGACUCCAGAAAAUAUAGCUCCCUCCUUCGCUCAUUUUGCUGUCUCGCAAGCAACCACCGUGCCUAUACUGUUCGCAUCGCCCGAGUUUACAGCAUGGACAGAGCCAACGGGGUCGCUUCUUCCCCGAUGGGUGACUCCAUUACUCGAUCAUGUCCAUGCCGGUGAUGCGCCGAAGGUUGCGUACACAAUCGCGGCUGUCGUGGACAAAAUCUCUGGCAACAACGAUGCUAGAGAAGGGUUAUCGCUGCUACUCGCUGACAGUUCCCACGUAACUGCUUCAAUCGCCACGCCUGCACGAUUAAAGAGCAACGCCUCCGAAGAACCGGCAUUCUUUCUAACAACAAACGUUGAUAGGAGCAGUCAAUCAUCGCACGAAGUCGGCCUACGUCUCGCGCGAACGGUAUUCCGAAACGGAAGGGACAGAACUCUCCUAGGGAUGCGAUGGACUCGGGACGAACCCUCAAACAGUUAUAUUCUCGAUGGAUACCACGACCUAUCCUCCUGCUCCGUAACAUCACCCGUCCAUGAGGCAUGCUGCGCCGUCAAUGUACCCUUUCACCCCGUGACACAACGUCGACGAGUCAUUUCAAGCAUGGGAAAUAUUCUACGGCAAGUUUCUAAAUCGACGACCGACGAUGGUAUGAGUGCAGGUAUUCCCGCCUCAUCCGAGUUGGAGAAAGAACUCCCCAGAUACGUGAAUGAACGCGGGAUUCCGCAUCAAAGAGUCGCUGUCUGGGCGCUUGUGGAACCAUCAACCUCGUCUAUGACCAACACGUCUGAUCGGGAUGUUCAGGGUUUGUUGAUUAAAGGAAGUAAGCUUCAUCGCGUGGUCAGUGGAGGCGGAGGCUGGGGCAAGAAGCAGGGUCUGUUAUCACUAGACCCAGAAGUCUCUUUCGGUGGCGCAAACCGGUUGUCUCGUGAAGCAUCACUCGAUCAGACCUUCGCUUCAUCUACAGAGACACCAGCCGCAGCGACUGAUUUCCCAGAUUUCCUUGAAGGAUUAGGCCUUGAAGAGAACAUAUCCUCAUUGUCACAGGUAGCACCACCUGGAGAUUAUAUCCAGUUCUUCGUGACUUCUGAAUCAGACAACACCAUACCGUCAAGAAUUAAGUCUAAACCAAGGACACUUACAUACUCAUUCGGCGUAGACGCGCCCGACGAAUCGACAGAGACAUCUCCCACGGCUUCAGGAGAUAUAACCGUACUCCAGAAUCAUUUUGGCGCAGUGUCUGAAUCUGCUAUAAGUUAUUCCCGCAAGGACUUGUCUGGGGAAGCGCAAUGCGAGACGAAGAUUUCUGUUCCUGGGUCGAGGAUAAAUUUGUCGAUUGUUUGAUGUGCCGGCUGCUUUGUAUAUUAGAUGUAUGACAAUACCACACUAAAUAAUUAAAUUUAUAUUGUCUGAU